UCAACUAACUUUAGUAUCCAAGUGAUCGCGAUAGUAUUCAAACGGCCCAUCAAGCUACAUUAGCGGCUUAGUAUUUUAAUUCGGGUUUGGCCCAAGUAGACGAAAACAAAAAAUUACCGCAUUUUUACAAUCAAACGUUUUUGAAUUGUUUCACCUUGUAAAUUCAAAAUGGCCAAAUAUAUUUCAAAAUUGUUAUUUCCCAUGCUUCUACUAUUCAUCUGCAUUGUUCAGCUUACAUCUUCAACUGUACAGCCAAGAGCACCAAAUUUUCAAUAUUUUGAAAGGCCAAAGUACAGAUACCCUUAUUAUGAUGAAAAUGGAAAAGGCAAACUACUCUAUGGAUAUGGAGGACCUGAACUUUACCAAUACAAAACAUAUACACCAUUAGAAGGAAUUCACUGAUACCAAAAUUCAUAAAACAACAUUUGUACUCCUAUUUAUUUUUCUUUUUUUUGUGAAUAGAUACUAGUGAGAAAAAAACACCAUUUAUAAUUUUAAGAAUUUGUAAAAAAAA